UCCUGCUUUGGCCUUGGGUUCAGCGGCAGUGGGUGUCCCGUGCGAGUCAGUGAGGAAAUCCCGGGGCCCUCAGGCGAAGAGACGCGUGCGAGUAUCAGAAUAGGCAGAAACAGGCGAAAAGACGCCUGCGAGUGCGGGAGGGAGGAAGUUCGAUCCCCAAAGAAAAGAGCGAGCGGGCAGGCAGCCGCGGGGCAGAACCGGAGUGUGCAGGGUGUCUAGAGGCCGGUCCUGGUCGGCGUCGCUCUCCUCGAGGCCAUGGUGCACGCGGAGCUCAAGGCGAUCGCCAGGUGAGGGCAGCGGCUCCGCCCGGGGGUUCCACCGCGGUAGAACCGGGUAGAUGCGGAGUGGGGAAGAAAGGAUGCUACCCGCACUGCUCCCCGAUAGCAACCUUAGCGGCCUCAGUUGCAACAGUAGAAAGCACAGCGCCGGCCGAGGAGGCGGCUCGAGCUCUGGGUAAAGUCGCCCAGUAGCUCUUUCUUCGUGGUAUGCGAGUUGACAAAACAGCCAGAGAACGGGGCUCCCCAUUACAAUCUCUUUCGAGCUCUUUUCCUUGCUACUCGGAGCUGAUUAAUGCGAAAACAUGCCUUGCACUUGUACCUGGAGGAACUGGAGACAGUGGAUUCGACCUUUAGCAGUGGUCAUCUACCUGGUGUCCAUAGUGGUUGCGGUUCCCCUAUGCGUGUGGGAACUACAGAAACUGGAGGUUGGAAUACACACCAAGGCUUGGUUUAUUGCCGGAAUCUUUUUGCUGUUGACUGUACCUGUAUCACUGUGGGUCAUAUUGCAACACUUAGUGCAUUAUACACAACCUGAACUACAAAAACCGAUAAUAAGGAUUCUUUGGAUGGUACCCAUAUACAGUUUAGAUAGUUGGGUGGCUUUGAAAUAUCCCAGGAUUGCAAUAUAUGUGGAUACCUGCAGAGAAUGCUAUGAAGCUUAUGUCAUUUACAGCUUUAUGGGAUUCCUUACCAAUUAUCUAACUAACCGGUAUCCAAAUCUGGUAUUAAUCCUUGAAGCCAAAGAUCAGCAGAAACAUUUCCCUCCUUUAUGUUGCUGUCCGCCAUGGCCUAUGGGAGAAGUAUUGCUAUUUAGGUGCAAACUGGGUGUACUGCAGUAUACAGUUGUCAGACCAUUCACCACCAUCGUUGCUUUAAUCUGUGAGCUGGUCGGUAUAUAUGAUGAAGGGAACUUUAGCUUUUCAAAUGCUUGGACUUAUUUGGUUAUAAUAAACAAUAUGUCACAGUUGUUUGCCAUGUAUUGUCUCCUCCUAUUUUAUAAAGCACUAAAGGAAGAACUGAGUCCAAUCCAACCUGUUGGAAAAUUUCUUUGUGUAAAGCUGGUGGUUUUUGUUUCUUUUUGGCAAGCAGUAGUUAUUGCUUUGUUGGUAAAAGUUGGCGUUAUUUCUGAAAAGCGUACGUGGGAAUGGCAGAGUGUAGAAGCUGUGGCUACAGGGCUCCAGGACUUUAUUAUUUGUAUUGAGAUGUUCCUUGCUGCUAUUGCUCAUCACUACACUUUCUCAUAUAAACCAUAUGUCCAAGAAGCAGAAGAGGGGUCAUGCUUUGAUUCCUUUCUUGCCAUGUGGGAUGUUUCAGAUAUUAGAGAUGAUAUUUCUGAACAAGUAAGGCAUGUUGGACGGACAGUCAGGGGACAUCCUAGGAAAAAAUUGUUUCCUGAGGAUCAAGAUCAAAAUGAACAUACAAGCUUGUUAUCAUCAUCAUCACAAGAUGCAAUAUCCGUUGCCUCUUCUAUGCCACCUUCACCCAUGGGUCACUACCAAGGGUUUGGACACACUGUGACUCCCCAGACUACACCUACUAUAGCUAAAAUAUCUGAUGAAAUAUUUAAUGUUGCUACAGGAGAGAAAAAAGAACCUUCAGAUAUAUCUGUGGAUUCCUGAAUAGUGUGCAGAAGCAAACUAUGCUACUACCAUGUUUAUCCUUACCUGGUAUCCUGUGGCUCAGGAUUUUGUGCAUGGGACAAGCCAUUAAGAUGGAAAAUUUCAAGACAAAGAUAGGUGAAAGCUAGGUAAAACUACUGGAUUCAUAUAUGCAAGUUUCAUACAUCACAAAUAAACAGUCUAAAUUUCCUAGACUUAAACUUGAUUUCUUAACAUCAGAGUAGCACACACUCCAAUGGUAGAAAAUGACUCCAGGUGAAUGUUUCUGAUGUUACACUACUCUACCAAGAAGAUGGACAUUUAAAAAAAAAAAUUAGUGCUUCCUAUCACUGCUGCAUGAAUAUAAUACUCUGGAAUUAAGAGAGAAAGAAUAAUUCAGAAAUAGGAAUUAGUGGAACUUAAUCAUAAUCAUGUGCCAUAUAAGCUUACCUAACAAUUAUUUCUCUAUUUCUCAACUGGAUGUCUUUCAAUAAAUAAGAACUUAUCAUUUGUUUUCUACAA